AUUCCUUCGUCAAAAGACCUUCGCAUUACAAUUCACUUCCACGAGGCUUUCCAUAGGUGCGGUCUUGAUCUUCACGAUGGGAGGGCCAGGCUCUGGGGGUUACAAGAACAAACCCGGAGACACCGAGACCCAUUCAGCAUGGGACAUUAUUCCUCAAGAUCCCACUGGGAGCCAGAAGCUGGCCCAGGUACGAUGCAAGUACUGUGGCAGAGAAAUGGCUCAGCACACCUCGCGUCAGCGCGUCCACCUCCUUGGCUGUCGGGGCUAUCUUGAUGCGAUGAAAGACCAAGGAAUCGAAACAAGUAUCACGCGUCAAGCAGCGGAUCCAGCGGCUUUCUUCCGGACUGCCGACUGGAAUCAAAAGGCGGCGGAAUCAAAGACACCUAAGGUCUUGAAGAUGCAUGAACACUCUACAGCGGUGCGCGUCCAGGCUUUGGCUCUGGCCGAGGCCAGUAUAUCUUCGGAAAGAAUCCAGGAAAUCACGGGCAUGGACCCUAAAGUAUUAGCAGGCCUGAGAAAACUUGCUCGUGACCGUGGCUAUGACCCAUCCGUUUCUAUGCAACUCAAGGAGGAAUAUGUGCUCGACCCGCCUAACCAUUCUCGUCCUCGCGGCCGUCCCAAGAAGAGGAAGGCAACAGAUGAGGCAGAUGUUGACCCUGCUCUGACCGACAUGGCAGAUACUUCCCCAGCAACUGAAGCUUUUACGCCGGGUAGACAGACAACCAACCUUCCUCCUGGGCAAUGGGACUUCAUGGCUGGUACGCCCUCCGGCUACACUAUGACUUAGAAAGUCGAUGGUGCCGCAUAGGAUCAAGAGGGAGAUCGCUCUGAUGACGAAGAUACUGAGUCAUCUUAGACCAACAGCAGAUCAAGCUCGACACUGGCCAGGAGAAAGCAGACUCAAUCGAGUCCUGUGCGAAUGGAUCCAUGACCCCAACAUGAAGCUGUUAAUGUUGUCGAUUGAUUAACCAGGUGUCGUUAAAGGUGUUCAGGACGGUGUCGAUAGUAGCACCGGGGUCAGCGAAAUAUGCAGUUUUUUGUUCGCCUCACGACGUUGAAGAUGAUAUGAGAGCUUAAGAAAUUGGUCUCGGACUUGUUAUGUAAUCGAGAUUGCAUGCUCACGACUCUCCCCGGACAAGACACGAAAGAUGAGAUUACGCGUGUACAAUACAAAGUCUGGUAGCAGAUUGUAACAGUCUAGCAAAUAGCUAGCCAACAGGUUUACAAAUUCAUGUCGGUUAUUCA